GUCGUGCGCUACCGACUUCUCUUCCAAACUAUCAGUUUGUUUUAAUCUCACCCCUGGUUUUUGUCGAUUGCUUUCUUUAUCUCAUGUAUCCCUUACCUUUAACAUCAUAACAACAGAUAUUUUUCAGUUCAAAAAAACAAAGACAUUGCCAAAAGUAUCCGUACUUUGUUUCGGGAAUCUGAUUUCGGGAUGGGAGUCCAUGGAUUAUGGGGAAUACUCUCUUCUGUCCAAGAAUACCGUCCCCUAUCCAAAAUUGGUUGCGAUUCUGUUGCUGUUGAUUUGAGUAUAUGGAUAUGUGGGGAUAAGUCAAUAGGACCUUUACCUGCACUACAUCUAAGGAAUUUAUUUUUUCGGCUAGUUGGCCUGCUGCGUCAAAAUACUCUGCCUGUAGCAGUUUUGGAUGGUGUUGCUCCAUCACUAAAAUCCGAUGUUAUGGAACAGAGACAACAAAAAUGGCCAGGGAAGAUCACAACUCAGAAAUAUGCGAAACCAAAUCUUAGUAGAAUAUGGUUCUCAAAAGUAUCUCAGGAAUGUGUUCAACUGAUUAAUUCAUUUGGCAUUCCAUGGGUUCAGAGUCCUGGAGAAGCGGAAGCUAUGUGUGCAUUCCUUAAUUCAAAUAAACUUGUAGAUGCAUGUAUUACGAAUGAUGGUGACGCUUUUCUUUAUGGAGCUGAGACAGUUUAUCGUCAUUUCUCUAUGGAUAGUCGGGACUCUAGUGUGUGUGUUUUUCACAUGCAUCGUAUACGUGACGUGUUGAAUUUGACAAAAUGUGAUUUAGUUCUACUAGGUCUUUUAUUAGGUUGUGAUUAUUGGACGAAUGGCGUGUCUCGCUUAGGUCCAAUCGGAGCUUUACGUUUGAUUGAAUCGUUGAAAUCUGAAAAUCUGCACGUUGAUGAACACUUCCUUCUUGAAUUUUUAUCUUGGUUAACAAGUACAUGUCCACAAAACCGUCAAGAUUUCGAUCUUAAUCCUUUUGGUCUUCGUCUAUGUACGAAUGUUAUCAAAAUAUGGUUGCGUGUUGGCGUAGAAUUAAAAAACUGUCCGUUCAAAGAAGUAGGUUAUUGAAAGUA